AUGUCCGCCGCCAUGAAGCGUUCUUCUACGACCGCGCUUGCCCGUCAUUCGUUUAUCUUACCCACGAUAAUGCCUUCAGAUACUUACUAUCCACAUGGCGGUAUUAUCAAUAUUAACUACCCUCCGAUCAUUCACAAUCAGCUUUGCAUUUCGCCAUCUGACCCGACUCUUGUGACAAUGGAGCUUUCAAACUCACGCCGGGCGGCCCACCAGGAGGAAGCUGUAAACUCGAACCACCAACCUGGCACCAAUGCUAUGCGAUUCCUCGCAAAGAUCAGAUCACUCUGCACUAUUUCGUUUGGGAAGCACGGAUCCCUCCCUGCGAACGGUUCCUCGCUAGCUUGUAUUUCGCUGUACGACUCAACUCUUGGAACAACUGAGGUUUUUACCUUACCCCAAGUGGCCCGCCAGCGCAAGCAGGAGGAAGCUAUGAAUUCGAACCACCGACCUGGCGAGACUGCGAUGCGAUACCGAUACCUCACAAGGAUCUGCACGAUUUUGUUCGGGAAGCCUGGACCUCUCUCUACGAACUGUGUCCGACCAUCACACAACUUUCUGUCUGACGUCUUGGAGGCUACUAUAACUAUCCACUCUCUCAGUUCGUUGGCAACGACAGAUGCAGAUGCAGACGAUACCUUCGUUACCGCGGAUGAGCUCAUCCACGUCUCCGAUCUCGCCCCCUUAGCAAGUGAAGUUGUCAAAGAAGAACUGUACAUCCGCGGUUAUCUCAAACGACCUAACCAGGGCAAUCCCUUUCUCUGCAAGCCACAGUAUUUUGUUGUUCCACGGCUACUCCAGGUACUUCAUGACCGCUGGCCAAAGCAAGUUGCAGUUAUCCCCGUGUCUUCCAAGAACCCUCAACACCCGUCUCCACGAGCUAUUGGCCGGCGUGGGGGACUCACAGUUGCAGAGGCGCUCAAGUCUGCCAAUAUCGAGGAGAAUCCUCGUACACCCGCUCCGACGAGAUCAUCUUCUAGUAAUCAGUCGAUCUACUGGUCUUGCCAGUCACCACAGACGGCCAUCGAUUCAUCUACAUCUCCUUUCGUCCAAGAAAGCACUAUGUCGACUCCCCAAUUUUGCGAUUUCUGUGAAUACUCGUACAUCACGUCACAUACUACUCCUCCCUCGUCACCGGAGCUCGCGGGCCUCAAUGAGAAUGAGAAGGACGUUCUGGGUACGACGAGCUCCUUCUCGGAAGCAAUUCUGCGGUCCUUGGCGCCCCGAGUUGCAUUGAUGAAGGCGAAGAGUUCGUAUAUGGAGGUGGAUGCGAGGAGUUUUCAAAGGUUGCGGUAUGGGGAAGUCUGCCACCACCAUCUUGUCUGA